GGCCAAUCGGGAGCUUCGGCGGGCGGGGCGGCCGGGCCAGUUAGAUUUGGCGGUUCGACUUCAAGAUGGCCGAAGCGAGCGACGCUAAUGUAGACGGCGCUUAUGAGGAAAAAGGGCUUGAGGGGUCGUCUUCGGAAUCUGUGCCACCCGGCACUACCAUUUCGAGGGUGAAGCUCCUCGACACCAUGGUGGACACUUUUCUCCAGAAGCUAGUCGCCGCUGGGAGCCCUCUGCUCCUUAAUAGAGAUGGAAGUGCCAGUCCCCGCCUGCCCUCUGCUGGACAACCUGUGCAACAGGCUUUCAGCUGGGCAGCAGGCGGGUUACCAGGGAGGAAGGAAGAAAUUUCCGAAAUCAAAGAGGAAGGGAACCUGGAAGCUGUCUUGAAUGCCUUGGAUAAAGUUGUGGAAGAAGGCAAAGCCCGCAAGGAACCAGCCUGGCGCCCCAGUGGGAUCCCAGAGAAAGACCUGCACAGCGCCAUGGCACCCUACCUCUUGCAGCAACGGGACACCCUACAGCGCCAUGUGCAGAAACAGGAGGCCGAGAACCAGCAGCUGGCAGAGGCCGUCCUGGCUGGGCGCAGGCAGGUGGAGGAGCUGCAGCUACAGGUCCAGGCGCGGCAGCAGGCCUGGCAGGCUCUACACAGAGAACAGAGGGAGCUGGUGGCUGUGCUGAGAGAGCCUGAGUGAGGAGAUGGCUGGGCCCAGAAGCAGAGGGCAGUCAAGGUCGAGGGCCUGUGGUCUAGCAUGCUGGGCCUGGGCCUGUCCUCCAAGAACAGCUGAAAUGGUGCCCAGUCCUUAAGCAGUGAUGGAAUUUGCCAGCGGACCAGGCUAGAGCAAGCCCCACUGCCACUGUGCCUUUUGGGGCUCCCUUGGGGUUGGUCUCAAACACGCCCCCACCUUCAGAUUCCUCCCUAUUUUCUUCGAACUGGAGGGUUCUUGGCCAGCUCCCACCUGGAAAUCAAGCACUAGCUUCUUUCCUCCCGGUUCAGGUCAACUCUGCCAACCCGCUCCUGCUAGUUCCUGAGCCCUCCCUAGGACCUCGCUUGGGGAAUCUGUUUUCAAUCUCCACUGAUUGUCCCCUUGCUGGCCAGCCCAAGGGCUCUUACCACGUUCUCCCCACAUCCGUAAAUAAACUUCCUCCACUACACUGUAA